CGGGCCCAGUUCCGGACGUUCCGUCCUUCCAAAUCUGGAAACCAGAACAGCCUUAUAAUAUGCCGAUGGAGUGGAAUGCAAGAUCGGGACGGGAUCCCCAUUGUAUUCUCCAGCCUCUCCCACCCCCGUUCCCGACAGUUUGGUGAUGGAGGUGCUGAC